AUGCUGGUUAUAGUCUCAAAUAUACCAUCGGACUUGCGCACAGCUGAUUUACGAAACUUUUUUUCGCAUUUUCUGGAGUCGGGUCGAUUUACUUGCUUUCAUUAUCGUCACAGGGUAGAUUCACUUGAUGAGACUACAUGUUGGUCUCCUCUAGAGGUUCAAGAACACUAUGUAGAAGACUUUAUCGCCUAUUACGCGGACCAGAACUGGAUAGAUUGUAAAAAUGAAUUACGCACCACGAAAGUUCAAAUAUACGUCUCAGAGGUUUCAAAAUUUCUGAAAGCAAGGGGCUUAGAAAGCGACAUUGAGGAUGCGAAGGCUAUUUUGAAGGAGUUGAACCCACCAUCUUCCUUUCCAAAGGGCAGUGUUGGCACCCCUACUGCUUAUUUUUUCGAGGAAAUUGCUAAGUGUCAGCUACCUGCCUCUCUGAUCAAGAAGUUGGGCCUGAAAUUCCCUAAGCAACGGAGCAACAGGCGUUAUGGAAGUGUGCCUUACAGUUACGAUGGGGCGAAACAUAUAUCAGAUGAAAGUGAUGCCGAAAUGAUGAACGAUAAGAGUGCGACAAAAACUGCGAAUGGUUUUGUCUUGAAAUCGUUGGAGGAAGCUAAAGUGAAGAAGCUAAAUCAGCGAAAAAGGGACACUGCGGCUGCUUUAAAAGCGAAGUUAACUGAGGCAGACGAAGCGGAAAGCAGUGGGAGUGAUGGCGAGGAAGAUUGGGAGCGAGGAGAGCGUCUCCACGAGAACACUUUCGAACAGGACAGAAUCAAAGAACGUCUGUUCGAAGACGAAGUGGAACUUGUAUGGGAGAAGGGCAGUUCGGGUUUGGUGUUCUACUGUGACUCGGCUUUGUGGGAGGAAGCCAAGGGAGAUUUCGAUGAAAGAACGACCGAUGAUUUGGAUGUAGACAUGUCGCUUUAUUGGAAGGGCCAGGGAGCAAAUGCGGACCAGGAUGCGAAAGAUUUUGUCAAUAUGCGCAAACAGCAGAUGCUCAGAGCAGGCCACCAAUAUAAAAUAAAACCUCGUCUGGACAGUGGCAAGAAAUUAAACCCAGAUUUUGCCAGGCAACUAAUGAUGAAGCAAGGUUGGAAACCAGGUCAGAGUCUGGGUUCCAGUCAACCCGGAAUCAUAGAACCCAUAGAAGCGGAGGGACCCAAAAACCCAAAAGAACGCCGUGGUCUGGGCUACCGCGGGGAGAAACUGAACCGAAACGUAGUGUCCAAUACAAUUAAGAGUCGCGCAGAUUUGAAGCACAAGAUAUCGACUCUCUAUGACCCAGUUAUGGAAGAAGAUGUCAUGGAGUCGUUGCUAGAGUGGGCGCCAGCUACGGCAUUGAAACAGAGAAAGACGAAGUGAAUAGAUUGAUGGAUGUUGAAAAAACGCGAAAAGUUCAAAGUUUGAGGUCUCGGGAUUCUGUUAUAGAAUUAAGGCUUUGCAAAGAAUAAAGGAGUUUUUGCGAGACUGGUUGAAAGUGUUUUUCAACAACUGUGAGUCGCAAUAAAGGUUGUCUUAAUGUAGCCAGAAUUGGAUCUUAGCCAAAGAGUUAUUUGGCGGUGACAGCAAUAUGAAGUUUCAAACAACCAGCUACAAGGAAAGGCAUUGAACUUUCCAUGCCUCUGAACGACGCGAAGAAAGUUUUCAAACUGUUCGUAAAUUGAUUAGAUCAGAUUUUGAAAUGAAGUUAGCCUUUCACAAAUUAACUUUUAUCUCGU